AUGGCUGAACCAGUCGCCACCGCAGCUGAGCAAGUCUCCCUCCCAACCGCCGAACUGGUCAAAGUCAGCAAUCACAUCUCGCUUUUACCGCCACUGUCUCGAAAGGGCCAUGGGCCGGGUUUGGUCAUCGUAUUGCCAGCGGACACGCCGAGCUACACCGACGGCGGCGUCGUUUGCGAGAAUGGCAUCCCGCCUCCCCUGCUGAAAUGGGCGGAAGAGGGAUUUGCGGUCGUGGAGAUUCGAGGUGACACAUUCACUGGGGGCUCAACCACCGCGACGACGACUCAAAUUCUGGCAAAGGCCCUUACUGCGCUCGAAGGGUGUGAGAAGUGCGAUUUCAACGAGGGGGUUGGGAUGGUCGUCUACGACACUUCCAUCUGGAAUGAACUCGGUCGCAGUGCAGCGAUUGGCCCCACGAUGAAGGCGGCUGUGAUCUACGGCACGGCGGGAGACUUGGUUACCCCCGUCGCAAUACCCCUGCUCUGUCACUUCGCGGGACACGAAAAGGCAGAGUCCCAUCCAGAUGCCAAAAUAUACACCUAUCCCUCGGCUAAGUCGUCAAAGUUCGUCAUACCAGGCCUGCCGGAGUUCGACAGCACCAACGAAGCCGUUGCGCAUACUCGAAAUCUCACCUUCCUGAAGAAGUAUAUCCGUGGCUUGGAUUUCGACCUGGAAGCGAUCUGGGAAGAGCACACAUAUUUUGAAUUUGCAGAGCGCUCUGUGUCCAAAACGAUGGCAACUAUGGUGCAAGAGCCCUAUGUCAAUCAUAUUACUACGAUGACGGGCGGCAUCGGCAGAGCGAGCUUAACGAACUUUUACCGCAAUCAUUUCAUCCCCAAAAAUCCUAAAGACAUGGAGCUCCUGCUUGUGAGUCGAACGAUUGGCAUUGAUCGUGUCUGUGACGAGUUCGUUGCCAAGUUCACGCACGAUAUGGAAAUCGACUGGCUAGCCCCGGGCAUUCCUCCAACAGGACGAAAAGUUGAGCUCCCAUGCACAUCCGUUGUCUGCGUGCGCGGCGAUCGCCUGUAUCAUGAGCAUAUAGCCUGGGACCAAGCUUCACUACUGAUCCAGUUGGGCCUCAUGCCAGAAUACCUCCCGUAUCCCUAUGCGCUGCCGGAUGGCUCGAAACCGGGACCGGGCAAGAAGUUCGAGUACAAAGUACCCGCGGCUGGUGUUGAAACUUCCAUGAAGAUGCUCGACAAGAACAGGAUACCGUCGAAUGGAAUGUUUGAAUACAAGGUUCGCGAGGUGGAUGCUUGA